CCUUCGAACUGCUUGGGAGUCUUCGGCUUGUCUUUGAGGACUAGGGAGGCCGAUCUCGACCACGAGUUCAAGCAGUACGGGACUGUCGAGAGCGUUACCAUCGUUUACGACCAAAAGACCGGCCGAUCGCGUUGUUUCGGAUUCAUCCAGAUGGCCACUACCGAAGAGGCCACCUUGUGCAUCGAAAAGCUGAACGGUGUCAACCUCCACGAACGAAACAUGCGAGUCGACUACUCUACCACUCAGAGGCCCCAUGAUCCCACUCCUGGUGCUUACAUGGGUUACAAGAGGCCUGGUAUGUUGUACCUCGGUGAUGGAUACGGUGGCGGCUACUCUCGAGGCGGCGGCGGAUAUUCUCGAGGUGGCGGCGGAUACGAUGAUCGACGCCGAUACGACGACUACGACCGAUACGACCGUCGAGGCGGAGACGACUAUGAUAGGCGAGGAGGUCGUGAUGACAGGUACGGCUACGAUGACCGUUACUACUCGAGCUACUAUGACAGAAGGGAUAGGUGGGGGAUCCAAACUAAUCAUGCGUUUAGGAAAUGA